AUGUCAAUUCUAAUUUUUACAUCAAUAUUGUGUUUCUGGCUAAGAAGUGCAACUGGAUUAGGUGAAAUCAUUUAUGCAAUUAACGCUGGUGGUCCUGCACAUACUGAUAUAUACGGUGUUCAUUAUGAAAAAGAUCCUUUACAAGGUAGAGUUGGCACCGCUUCUGACUACGGGAAACAAUUGGUUAUGAUUGGACGAGUUAAUCCAAAAGACGAAAUAUUAUACCAAACAGAGAGAUACCAUCACAGCACUUUCGGCUACGAUAUACCUGCCAAUAAAGAUGGUGAUUAUGUGUUGGUAUUGAAAUUUAGUGAAGUUUACUUUAGUGCUCCAAAUAUGAAAGUGUUUGAUGUGGUCCUUAACGGAGACCACACUAUUGUUGCCGACUUAGACAUUUUCGACAAAGUUGGCCGAGGGGUUGCUCACGAUGAGUAUAUUCCAUACUCCAUUAAAAAUGGUAAAUUAUACUAUAAUGAAGAAGAAUCAGAUAUACGUGGAGGCAAAAUCAAAGUAGAAUUUAUCAAAGGCUAUAGAGAUAAUCCGAAGAUUAAUGCUUUGUAUGUUAUGAGAGGUACUAUAGAUGAGGUACCUAAACUCCCACCUUUGGUAUGGCAUGAAAAUGAAGCAGAAGAACAGAGAGAGGAGAUUGAAGAAAAAAGUACUAAAACACGCAGAGCUAGUGGGCCUAAACAACCAGAUCCUUAUUCAAUGGAUGAAAGUUCUGUGCUCAUCCCAGUAUUUAUAACCAUUGGUGCUUUUGUUCCUCUCUUGUUUUGUCUUUGUAAACUUUAA